AUGAUCAACAUCGGUCUCGCCUCGUUACUCGCUUUGGCUAUCACACUCACUGUUGUCGCUGAUAACAUUCCAAGAACGGCUACAGUUCCAUUAAUUGGCUGGUUUGUCUUGAUUUGCAUUGCUUUGUGUAUUCUAUCAGUGUUGGCUGGCCUAAUCUUUGCAAAAAUCGAGGAGUUCGUCAAAAAACACGAUCAUCUACCCGUGCCAAUCGAUCGUUUUAUGUGUUUCUAUCAAACGAAACUUUCAAAAGUUGUCACAAAGAAGCCAUUUCCGCCAGAGGAAAUUAUUAAAACAUUAUCAUUUGCCCUAUUCCUUCUGAUGCAAGUGUUGCUAUUCUGCAAUUUGAUGGUGUUCCUCUCAUUUGAUUGGAACAAAAGAGCCGCGUUGGAAAAUUGGGUCAAAACAGACGACAUGAAAGUCUAUGAUGAAUUGGAGAAA